AUGGCCGGCAAUGGUGGCGAGACAACGUGGUGUUUCAGUCAGGUCAAAGGUACCCUCGAAGAUGACGUGACAGAGGCGGAUCUCAUCUCCUGCGUCGAGUUCAACCACGAUGGAGAGCUGCUAGCCACCGGCGACAAGGGCGGACGAGUUGUGAUAUUUCAAAGAGACCCCGCGUCAAAGCAAUGCGUACCCAAGAAGGGGGAGUACAACGUGUACUCGACGUUCCAGUCGCACGAGCCGGAGUUCGACUACCUCAAGUCGCUGGAGAUCGAGGAGAAGAUCAACAAGAUCCGAUGGCUCAAGCGGAAGAACCAGGCGCACUUUCUGUUAUCCACUAACGAUAAGACUAUCAAAUUAUGGAAGGUGUCAGAGAGAGACAAGCGAGUAACAGGCUACAACACGCGCGAAGAGGGCGGAAGGCCGCGGGACCCGUCUCGAGUCACGCAGCUGCGCGUACCCACGGUGCGACCGGCUGACCUCAUGGUCGAAGCAUCGCCCAGACGGAUAUUCGCAAACGCACACACAUACCACAUAAACUCGAUCUCGCUAAACUCGGACCAGGAGACGUACCUGUCUGCGGACGACCUCCGCAUCAACCUCUGGCACCUGGAGAUCACCGACCAGAGCUUCAACAUUGUGGAUAUCAAGCCGGCUAACAUGGAAGAGCUUACCGAGGUGAUAACGGCUGCAGAGUUCCACCCGACUGAAUGCAAUCUCUUUGUAUAUUCUAGUAGUAAGGGUACAAUAAGGCUGUGCGACAUGCGCGCAGCGGCGCUUUGCGAUAGGCACGCGAAGCUCUUCGAGGAGCCGGAGGACCCUCAUGCGAGGUCCUUCUUCUCCGAGAUCAUAUCUUCUAUCAGCGACGUGAAGCUGAGCAACUCUGGCAGAUAUAUGAUGUCCAGGGAUUAUUUAGGUUUAAAAGUUUGGGAUUUUAGAAUGGAAACGAAACCUGUAGAAACAUAUUCAGUGCACGAGUACCUGAGAGCGAAGUUGUGCUCCUUGUACGAGAACGACUGCAUCUUCGACAAGUUCGAGUGCUGUUGGAGCGGCGACGAUCAGAGGCUCAUGACUGGUUCAUAUAACGGAUUCUUUAGGAUAUUCGAGCGUAGCGGGGGCGGCAACGGACGCCGCGGCGAGUUAACGCUAGAGGCGUCUCGCGAGGCAGCCGCGCGCCCGAGGCAACCGCUCAGAGCGAGGCGGGUUGCAACCACCGCUAAGAGGAAGAAGGACGAAAUAAGCGUAGAGAGCCUCGACUUCAACAAGAAGAUUCUGCACACGGCGUGGCAUCCGCACGAGAGCGUCAUUGCGGUGGCAGCCACCAACAACCUCUUCAUCUUCCAGGAUAAGUUCUAG